AUGAAGAUUUGGAUAGCGGUGUUCCUUGUCGGGACGGCUCUGACGGUGUACUCAGUGUACCAAGUUGUGGCAGAUUACCUUUCCUACCCUGUCAUCACAUACGUAUCCAUGAGCCACGCACGAAAAAUGACCUUCCCGGCCGUCACCGUCUGCAACUCCAAUCCUAUCGUCUGCUUCAAGCUGGGCCAGCUUCGAGAUUUGCUUCCUGAGUUAUGGGACGUAUCUGGGUGCAAGGUUGAAGCCUUCAUGCUCACCCCCGUCAUUUGGCUCCUCUCGCCGAACUUGGAUCGAGAGAAGCUCAAGACAGCGCUCGACGGAGGUGAGGAACACAACGGAGCUGGCACUUACUAUCGUGGAUCAAGGCUACACAUAUGUGAAGAAUAUGUCCCUUCUCAAAUUAAUGUCCGGAACGAACCCGCCAUCCAGAUUGGACUCAUUUCUGAAGAGCCUAUUGGAAAGAGGUCUCUACCUCCGCAGGGUACUGCAGGACAAUCCGCAGGCAAUCUGGAUGGACCCCAUGGAUUUGGCGUGGAGGACAUCUCCGCUGCAACUGAUGAUUACUUGAAUAGUCACUGCGUAAAUGUGGACAUCAAGGUGCUUCUCCCUACAAAUGAUGUAGUGUCCAUCUCAUGUCGUCGCAGUGCCACCACAGAGGAGCUUUUCACAAGUUUGGCUGACAAGAUCUCCUUGCCCCACACUGUUGCUCCCUAUUUUGCAUUAUUUGAGCUUCUUGAAUACAAUUUUGAGAGGAAGCUGGGACCCCGUGAAUGCCCACACAGCUUAUACAUUCAGAAUUAUAGCACUGCAACAGCAACAUGCAUUGCCCUGAGGCGCUGGCUCUUCUCUGUCAAUACUGAACUCCACAUCUCUUCUGAGUCAGACCUGGCAGCAACCUUCUUCUAUCAUCUUGCAGUGGAGGAGGUGAAUCGAGGGAACAUCGAUGCUGGGAAUCAACUGUAUAAAUUGAAGGCACUUCAGGACCCAUCAAGAAAACAUGAUUACCUGGAGUUGGUGAGGCAGCAGCCGGGCUAUGCGUCUGUGGUAUUCCCGCAUGCAGCAUGUGAUGCACGCAAGAACCAUGGUCACGUGAUUCCUGUGAUCUCAGAAAGGGGUUUUUCCCUCCGGGCUUGCUCAGAUGAUGGGGAGCCUCAA